AUGAAUAAUCCUACAAGGGUAUAUCCAGCAGCUAAUCUUUAGUAAUAAGGAACAGCUGGGAAUUCUCCAUAGAUAAGAAAUGACACUCCGAAAUUAAAUCACAAAGGAGACAAUAUAAAUAAUAACACAAAUAAUAAUACACCAAAUAACAUAAAUGUAUAAGGUACAAUGACCUAAAAUAUGAAUGCAGCAGGUGUUCUUCCUAUGGGGACAAUAUAAAAAAGAGAAGAUUUAUUAAUAGAUACUAAUACAAACCAAAAUAAUUUAGGAAACACAAAUAUGCAACUUUCUCCAACAUCAAAUAAAAGUUAUCUUAAAAUAAAUGGUUAUAACCUAAUAGAAUAGCUUAAAAAAAAUUUUGUAACAGCUAUAGAUAAUAUAUCUAACAGCCGUUUAGUAGAAACAUUAGGAGGACUUGCUACAAUUGAUGAGAAAAAGUAGGCAAUCAUUUAAUUUAGCAUAUUAUGGAAAAAUCUCUUAGAUAUUUUAAAUAACAUACAAGAAAGUAUUUGCCUUAUGACAUUUGAAAACGAUAUUCACUAUCCUAAUAAGGAAAAAUUCAUAUCUGAAUUGAUUAUCGAAAAUGUUAAGGAUAUUGAAAACCAGUACUUGGAACUUAUUCAAAGCUCUUCUUUGCGUUUCUUGGACACAGUAUGUACAGUUCACGAUUUGUAAUAUAAACACUUAAUUAAUAUAAGAUAUGAUAUCCGUACUUGGAGAAAAACAAACUUAGAUCAUAUAAAAGAAACUUAGCCAACAAAUAGAAAAUAUAAUUCUCUUAAUGGCAGCUAUGAUAAAGAUGGAAUGUUCAACGGAAGCCGAAACAAAUCUAUGUUUGCAAGCAUAUGUGGUUGCUGUCUAAGCAAUGAUGCAAAAAACAACAGCUAAAUAAAUGCACGCUAAUAAUCUUAAAUCAAGCGAUGA